UCAUAAUAGCAUAUAAAACUGAGUAUAUGCUAUUCUAUUUAUUCUCCAGUAAUUUAACCUAGGAAGUAAUGGGAAAUUUCUCUUUGAUGAUGUUCUGCAUGUACGUACUUCCUUUCCAAAGCUAGGUCUAUAUAAAGUCUGCCAUCUCAAAGCCACAAGCAACUCUCUCUCUCUCUCUCUCUCUCUCUCUCUCUCUCUCUCUCUCUCUCUCUCCAUAUAUAGCCCCUCUACAUCUUGUGAAUACAUCUAGCUAUGGCUUCCCUUCAUCACUCCAUGGAACCAUAUGUUGCUGACGCUCAACUGAAUUCCAACUCAUCAGCCACACAUAGUAGCCUCGAGAUCAAAAUUAACCCACUAGAGAUGGAAACCACUCCAAUGCCAAACCAUGGAGAAGCAGCUCAUCAGGUUGUUGGAGUUGGACCUCCGUCGAAUGCCGACAACGGCAUUUCCUUGACGUGGGAAGAUUUAUGGGUGACAGUUCCAGAUGCUAAGGGUAGCCGGAGACCCAUCAUUCAAGGCCUCACGGGCUACGCUCAGCCCGGUGAGGUCUUGGCCAUAAUGGGCCCUUCCGGCUGCGGCAAGUCCACUCUUCUUGAUGCCUUAGCAGGGAGAUUGGGAGCCAACACUAGACACACUGGUGAUAUUCUAAUGAAUGGUCGCAAACAGGCUCUGGCUUAUGGAACAUCGGCUUAUGUGACUCAAGAUGAAACCUUGAUUGCAACGUUAACGGUCAUAGAAGCCAUUUACUACUCCGCUCAAUUUCAGCUACCAAACUCCAUGUCCAAAUCCGAGAAAAAGGAGAGAGCAGAAAUCACGAUACGAGAAAUGGGAUUGCAUGAUUGUAUGAACACAAGAAUUGGAGGCUGGGGCACCAAAGGCCUCAGUGGGGGCCAAAGGAGGCGGGUAAGCAUUUGCAUUGAGAUCCUGACACGCCCAAAGCUUCUUUUCCUCGAUGAGCCAACGAGCGGACUAGAUAGUGCUGCUUCCUACUAUGUCAUGAGUAGAAUCACCCAACUAGAGCAAAGAGAGGGGAGGACUAUCAUCGCGGCCAUCCAUCAACCGAGCAGUGAAGUGUUCGAACUGUUCGACAGCCUUUGUCUCUUGUCUUUGGGUAGAGUGGUGUACUUUGGCCCUGCUAGCAAAACAAAUGAGUUUUUCACAUCAAACGGCUUCAUUUACCCGACUCUUCGGAAUCCAGCUGAUCAAUUCCUUAGAAUGAUAAACACAGAUUUUGACGAGGACAUAGAGCACGGAUCUAAUGGAAAGGUAGCGAAAGUGGAAGUGAUCGACAUUCUUGUAACAUCCUAUAACUCAUCUGAUAGCCAUCAAAGAGUUAAAAGACAAGUUUCUGACAUAUGCAGAAAGGGAGGUGGAUCACUUGAGACGAGCACAAGCCAUGCUAGCUUCUUUACUCAAUGCCUUGUUCUCACCAAAAGGUCUUCUGUCAACAUGUCUCGCGAUGUUGGUUAUUACUGGCUGCGCCUAGCAAUGUAUAUCGCUUUGGCUGUCGGUUUGGGAACUCUUUAUUAUGAUGUUGGCACGAGUUACAGUUCAAUCCAACCCAGAGGUGCACUCCUCAUGUUUAUAGCUUCAUUCCUUACUUUCAUGGCAAUUGGUGGCUUCCCCUCGUUUGUGGAAGAUAUGAAGGUUUUUGAAGUGGAAAGACUAAAUGGUCACUAUGGCACCACUGCAUUUAUCAUAGGCAACACACUCUCUUCUGUGCCAUAUUUGCUGCUGAUCUCACUAAUUUCCGGAGCACUAGCCUAUUACCUAACCGGACUCCAAAAAGGAUUUGAACACUUUGUGUACUUCGAUUUGGUGUUAUUCACCUGCAUGAUGCUGGUCGAGAGCCUAAUGAUGACCGUUGCGAGCAUCGUGCCAAACUUCCUCAUGGGCAUAAUCGUUGGUGGAGGAAUUCAAGGGUUAAUGAUGUUAGGAUCCGGGUUCUUUCGGUUGCCAAAUGAUCUCCCCAAGCUGUUGUGGAAAUACCCUGUGCACUACAUCGCGUUCCAUAAGUACGCAUAUCAGGGACUGUACAAGAACGAUUUUGAAGGAUUGUAUUUUUCUAGUGACCAAACAGGGGGAUUGGAUGUGAUGAUCAGCGGUGAAGAAAUUUUGAGAGAUGAAUUUCAAGUGGAAAUGGGGUAUUCCAAGUGGGAUGAUCUUGGGAUAUUGUUGGGAAUGGUGGUGGUUUACCGGGUCCUGUUUUUGGUUAUAAUCAAGAGUGUUGAAAAAGUGAAGCCUGUCAUUAGCAAAUUCAUUUCUGUGAAGCCUCAACAGAUGACUCAAGUGACGGAGAAUCCAACUGCUACUGCAGUUCACAUGAGUUGAACUUUUUUUUUCCCCUGGUAAAUCACAUGAGUUAAUCUUUUGUCCAUAAUCAUUAAUCUCCGUGUCUUUCCCGGACGAAGGAAGACAAUGGUGGAGGCGGUCCAAUGAUUAAUCAUAUCGAUACGUUUGUCGGCCUCGCUGCUAUGAGUGUUUGGGUUUUAAUCAGUGUGAGUUUACGUUUGAGAGUAGGAGUAGGAAUGGGAUGACUCAUUCUUUGGCAAGGAGAGAUAAUAGUGGUCCAGGUGUCUGUACCUGGGAAGGCCACUCUGCUACUUCUAGGUGAUUCUCUUGUGUACCUGUGUUUCUUAUUACCAUUCGAACACUUCCUGUACUUUAAUUCAGCGCUGUUUGUCCCCAUGAUGCUCGUAGAAAGCCUAAUGAUGAUCGUCGCAAGCAUCGUGCCCAAUUUCCUCAUGGGCAUAAUCUCACUUGUUCGUCGCUGACGUUUAUUGAACUGCUGUAUAAAUUAAUCUAUGUAGUCACUAAAAUUAGUUGUACUUCGUAAUCUUACACAGUUAGUCCUGGGAUUGAUCUUGGACGUUUAUUGGUACUCUA